CGCUCUUUUCCCAUAUAUUUUAAUCCCCAUUGGAGGUAGCGGCAAGCCCCAUUACCUCCUCCUUCGGGGAACUCUGUCUUUCUCUAAGCCCCAAUAACAGGGAUCUCUUUCUCUCUCUAUCCAUCUCUCUCUCAGAGCCAUGGCGUUGGACAACUUCACCGACAAGAACGCCAUCUUCAGAAAGCUCAAAUCUCGUUCUGAGAAUAAGAUGUGUUUUGAUUGCAAUGCGAAGAAUCCGACAUGGGCGUCUGUAACAUAUGGAAUAUUUCUCUGCAUUGAUUGCUCUGCUGUGCACCGUAGUCUUGGCGUGCACAUUAGUUUUGUGAGGUCAACAAAUCUGGACUCUUGGACUCCAGAGCAGUUGAAAAUGAUGAGCUUUGGGGGAAAUAAUCGUGCUCAGGUUUUCUUUAAACAGCAUGGAUGGACCGACGGAGGUAAAAUCGAAGCAAAAUACACAUCAAGAGCAGCUGAAUUAUACCGGCAAUUACUUUCAAAGGAAGUUGCCAAAAGCUUGACAGAGGACCCAACUUCUCCUAGAUCACCCCUUGCUUCUCCGGCAAAUCAGACAGUAAAUGGUCUAUCUCAUGUGAAGCUUACUGGCACAUCCAAAGAAAAUGAGGCUACUGACAAACAUGAGGCACCUGAAGUUACUGCCUCACCAAAAGCUCCUUCCCAUCCAGUUACCAGUACCAUAAAAAAACCCAUUGGUGCAAGAAAGGGAAGUAAGACGGGAGGUCUUGGUGCCCGGAAGCUUACUACAAAGCCAAGUGAAAGUCUUUAUGAUCAGAAGCCUGAAGAACCAGCUCUUGUUGUUAGUUCAUCAACUAAUGCCAGUGCAGCACCGUCUUUUGGCUCAUCGUUUCCAUCACGCUUUGAAUAUGUUGAGAGCAUGCAGUCUGCAGAGCCCAAUUCUGGUGGCACCCAAGUACUUAACCAUGUUUCUCCACCUAAAUCAAGCAGCUUCUUUGCUGAUUUUGGAAUGGAUAGUGGAAUCAAGAAAAAACCAAGUUCCGCUUACUCCAAAGUGCAGGUUGAGGAAACCAACGAAGCCCAACAAAAGUUUUCUAAUGCAAAAUCUAUUUCAUCAGCUCAGUUCUUCGGGGAUCAAAGCAAAGCCAGUGAUGCUUCUGCCCAAAUCUCCUUGCAAAAGUUCUCAAGCUCAACAUCGAUAUCCAGUGCUGAUCUUUUUGGACAUAACAUGGAUGAUCCUAGCCUUGAUUUGUCUGCGAGUGAUCUUAUCAAUCGGAUUUCAUUCCAGGCAUCGCAGGACAUCUCAUCCCUAAAGAACAUGGCUGGGGAAACAGGAAAGAAGCUCACAUCACUGGCCUCCAACCUUUUAACAGAUCUUCAGGAUAAGGUUCUUUAUGGGUAAUAUUUGUUUAUGUUAGAAGUCAAUGAAAACAUCAGCUAAAAGGAUUCAUAUGAUUGCUGAGGACUGCUAAGGCGCUUCUCUUCGUGCUAUCUUAAAUUCUUUGGAAAGACAAUAAAUUUUCACACAUUUGCCUCUGUUAUUUUGAAGCGGUUAAAAUAGUUUCUUAGCUGAAGAUAUCUAGCUUUUGUUCCAGUGUUUUAUACCAUACUCCUGGAUGGUUUUUGUAUGAUAGUAUAAGGCGUGUGCAGUGAAACCAAUUCAUUGAUACUGAAGGGCCUCCGAACCAUUUAUCAUGUAUGGGUCUGUAUAUCUAUGUUGGUUGUGUUUUACGUUCGUAAAUGCAAAACUGAAAGCAAUUGAACGCGAACAGAGUGGGUUUUGUU